CGGCGCCCCGAGCGGUCGACCCCACCCGCCCCGAGCAGAGGGCGCCGCGCCGAGCGGGGUAGACCGGGCCGGACGGUUGGGCUGCGUGGACUCGCGCUCCUCCUUCCCACGCAGGGUCCCCUGGCGAGGCCAGACUCGCUCGCCAUGUCGACUGCGGAGGCUAGGGGUGUUUUCCACAGAGCCCGGGGCAGGACCCUGGACGCGUUUCCCUCAGAGAAAGAAAGGGAGUGGAAAGGCCCGUUCUACUUCAUCCAAGGGGCAGACCCCCAGUUUGGACUGAUGAAGGCCUGGUCCACUGGGGAGUGUGACAGUGGCGGUGAUGAGUGGGGACAGGAGACGCGUCUAACUGAGCAAGCUGUCCGGGCCGUCAACAGGCUGAACCCCAAACCCAAAUUCUUUGUUCUGUGUGGGGACCUCGUCCAUGCCAUGCCAGGCUUGAAGUCAAGACGGAUCGGCUGGGUUUGGGAUCACCUCGAGCCUUUGCCUUCAGUGAACCCCCACCGGUUGGCCACGGAGUUCCCUGGCGGACGUCUCUCAGGACUGACCCGCACCUUGCUUCCUUACCGGUAGUCUCUUUGGUGCAACCAGCCUCUCAGUCCCUGUCAUACAGGUGAUAAGUGCCAGGAUGGCCUACCACACCAUGGGUCCUCAGAAAGUUUCCGUUGGACAGAAACCCUUUUGUCCAUAUUACUGUAGGAUUUAUUGUUGUGGUUAUUGUUGUUUUUAAAAGAAGCUGAGUUAACCCACGUUCAUUUCCUCAGCUGUAUAAUUAGCCAUGAGUUUUUAUUUCUAAGUGCCUAUUCCAAGCUCCAAGAAAUGUGAAGGUUUAAAGACAAUUUACCAUCCAGCCUAACACACAGAAACAGAAAAGGGUGAUUAUAUGUGUGCAAGACAGGGGCACACCUUGGUUGAAAUAUCGCCGGGCCCUGGAAUGGGCCGGGGCUGUCCACCUCAGAUCUUCCAGCGUGCCACGUGCCACCGGAUGCUGAGCAGUGGUGACCCGGAGCAGUCAGCCAGCCCCGGGGCUCCUUGGCUCCUUCACAUCCAUUAUAAGCCCUGAAAGCAUCCAGGCAAUCAGCGACAAUGCCUCCCUUCUGCUGAGGCUGAUUGAAAGUGGUUUGAGCUAAUUUAUCUAAUAUUACUAAUUAGGGAACUUGGAGCAUUACUUGAAAAGCUGUUUCUGAUUAGGUGUGUCAUCAGCAGCAGCGUGGUUGGGAGCGGUGAUGUCUUCCCGCUCCGCCAGCGUUUGCCACCUGGUGUCGUGGCAGACGGGCUGUGCUGGCUGCUGGCUGUGUCAACUCUUUGUUCCAAGUUAGGGCGUCUUAACCUGUUUCGUGCCCCUUUGGCAGAUUGGUGAAGCCUCUGACUCUAUCUGAGAAUAAGGUUUUUAAAUGUGUAAAAUAAAAUGCAUGGGAUUUCCAAGGAAACCAAUUAUACUGAAAUACAGUUAUCAAAAUAUUUAAAAAAUUAUUUGAUAGAGUAAAAUAUACGCUUCUUUGCUGAGCUGUUUGCUGAUAACACAGUUUAAUAAAUAGCAGGACUAGUAACUGCCGUAAUUUCGAAGUGAUGCUCAGCUUAACGAUACUGUGGGGGACCUGCAACCACUGUAAUGGGAUAUGAAAAAUCCUGGUGAUUUCUGUUGGUGACAGAGUCACAGGAGCGUUAAUACCUCCGUUUUCUGCCUAACUUCAUAAUGGAAGGAAAUGCUGAAUGUCAGAGGGAGGUUACUGGAAAUGUAGUUUUCUCCCUCCCAGGUUCGCAGAUCCCUGUGGACCCAGAUUAAGAGCCCUUAUCCACGGGCACAUAUGGACAUACUCUUGUUUGAUUAAUUGGCACUGUCUCUUCAUAGUCAAUAUGUGGAUAUUAUCAUUGAUCAAAGUAUAAACUCGUGGCAGAAAGUCUACCUUUAAUUAAAGGCCAAAAGGCUUCUUAAUUGUAGCUCGGAAAACAUUUAUGCUUACGUUUGAUUAUUCAGUGAAAGGAAAUGACUGGAACUGACUAACAGGAGCUAGAAAAUAGUUGCCUUUUGAUUAAGGGAAAAAAACUUCCAUAUUCCUUCGCUUUGGUUCCCACUGUUUGGAUCAAAAGCUAAAAAUUGAGAGAGGCUUUUCUUUUUUUUUUUUUU